AUGGCUCCUUCCGCUGUCUCCCACCCUGGUCGUUGCGUCCAUCGUUGUUCUUCGCUCGUGAUCAACACUGAGAAGAUGACCUCGCCUCGGGUUGUCGACACUGACGAGCUGGAACGCUACGCGCUAGCUGGGUCUCCGUCUCUCAUUGCCUCGGGAUCUGUUUCGGCCCCCAAGGCAUUCAAAUCCUCUCACUCUCGCACGCACUCAGAGGGCGGCAUUCUGCUCCGCACCGCUCGGACGAAGAACGAAGCCCGUCUGACAAGACUUGCGAACGAGUGUCUCCUGGAUGUCUCAUCCCCCGGCGUGCUCAAGGUUCUCGAAGAUGACGCUGAGUGGCCCUGCCUCGGACGCUCCGAUAACUAUGACCGUCCGUCGCUCCCUCCUUCGCCGCGACUGCAGCAGUCAGCCUCUUUCACGCGCUUCGAGUCCGGCAGUCCCACGUUCAGCUCAGAGCCCGAUCUGCCCUCGCUCUUCGAUGACUCUCAGCCAUCGCUGUCUGACGACGACAUCUCCUUCUCCUUCUCGUCCAUCCACACGCCUUUCCGCCGUCUGCGACCCAUGAGCGGCUUCCCUGUCACCGGUUGCGAAGACAAUACCAGCAGCAACUCCUCCAGUGCACGUCCCGGGCUCGGCUUUGAGGUGGACCUUUCGAACAUGGGGACGAGCACACCGCCAGCGCUGGUCGGCCUCGGCAUCUUGGGUCUCACGAACGACGAUGGCUCGCCCUUCAACGGACUCGGUACCCUCCCACGCGUCGGGUGGUGCAGCUCUCCCCCACCUGCGGACUACCUCGAUGACCCGUACGCGCCGUGGAACCUCUCCGGCGUGUUCGAGGCACAGCGUGAGCGUCGGGAUGCGACGGAGAACUGGCGUGAGCGCGCGCGUGCGGACGACUUUCAGCGCCGCUUGGAUGAGGCGAUCAUGCGCAGAUCGCAGGCGCCGAAGGGUAGGCAGGAAUGGCGGACGGGUACAGCAAAGAAGGGCAACAGGCGGUCCAUGCCGCUCGCACCGGAGCGCGGCGAUGUCUUCUCACAGGCAUCGGCUGAGGCGGGCAGAUCGAGGCGUUGA